AUUCUUGCAGUUAAAAUCUGGUUGUCUCAUAUAUUUUCUGUUUAAUGUUUACUACUUUCAGAAGUUUUCUUUAUAUUCCCAUGUGGGAGUGGUUUUGUAGAGAAACAAUUUACCUGCAUUAGUUUUAGUCAUGUGUGAUAUGAGGGGCUGAAGCUUGAAGGUGCCAUCAUAUGUUCUCGCUGUUAGAUGUUUUUAUUUUAUAAAUGUUUAGAUUCGGGUUCAUCACAUGAAAUUUUAGGCUUAUCAAUGAGCUUGGGCAAUUCUAAGAAACAUAUUGACAUGCUUGGUUAAAUUAAAUCCAUUCCAUACAUGUGUGUGAAAAUGUGAUAGUUGUAUCCUGAGUCAGAGACUUCUUCAAAGCUAUUAAUAAGCAAAAUGUUCAAGUAAAUAGUUCUUGCACUUUCAAUAGCUUCAAAAGUGUAGAAGGAGACUAGCACUGAGUUUCAGGAUCAGACUAGGAACUCAGAAUUGAAGGAGCAAAGCAAAGGAGCAAAUGUUAACACAGGUAGUUUCUUCUCCGGCGGUUUCGCUGGCCAGACCUCUCUCGUGGCGCUGGAGUGCACUUCCGGUCCUACUCGACUCUCAGACAUCACUCUUUUCUUCCCUAUCCCUUGCCAUUUUCCAUUAUAGAACCGGUGUUGUAUCCUUUUGUUCCAGUCCUCAAAUUUCAGCAGAAUCUGGUGAUGUAUUCCCCAAAGAAUCAUCAAAGCGUGGUCCUCUGGAAUCUGGAUUAUAUCUAGUAGGAACACCGAUUGGUAACCUUGAAGAUAUCACUUUACGGGCUCUCCGUGUUCUAAAAUCAGCUCAUGUGAUACUUUCAGAAGACACCAGACAUUCUGGGAAGCUUUUACAUCAUUACAAUAUAACAACUCCCCUUUUAAGCUAUCAUAAAUUCAAUGAAUCUCAAAGGGAACAAACGGUGUUAAGGAGGUUGAAGGAAGGUGAGAUUGUUGCACUGAUUAGCGACGCAGGAACACCAGGUAUUAGCGAUCCUGGUACCGAAUUGGCUAAGCUAUGCGUCAAUGAGAAUAUUCCCGUCAUUCCUAUUCCCGGCCCAUCUGCUUUCGUGGCUGCUCUUUCUGCCUCUGGUCUGGCCACUGAUGAGUUUACAUUCGUUGGAUUUCUUCCCAAACACACAAGCUCUAGAAAGGAGAGGCUAAUGGUUUCCGCAAAUGAAGCAACAACACAGAUAUUCUAUGUACCUCCACACAAGCUUCUUCAAUUUCUCGAAGAGACUUCUGUGCUAUUCAGUGAUACAAGGCGAUGUGUCAUAGCUCGUGAAAUAACCAAACUACAUGAACAGUUUUGGCGGGGUACAUUAGGGGAAGCAAAAAAAGCAUUUUCUGUUCAUAAGCCAAAGGGUGAGAUUACUUUGUUAAUUGAAGGAAAGGCAAAGCCUGCUGUUGAAACUCCAUCAGAUUGUGAGCUUGAGAAGGAAUUAAGCCAUCUGAUCUCAAAUGGUCAUAGUCUUUCUUCGGCUGUUAAAUUAGUGGCUAGUGGAACAUCAAUGAAAAAGAAAACUGUGUAUUCGAUUGCAUUGAGAAAAUUUGGGAAGCAACUCGAGUCUGAGGAGGAGGAUGUUGAUCUUGAUUCAUGCAAACCGGAGUGAGAAUGCUUACACAAUGUUUAGGAGUGAAAGAGGUAAAUAAUAAACGUUGUCAUCUAAUUUUGAUAGGUUAUCAUUAUUUGUGGAAAUGUUUUAACUAGUGAAGGACUGGCUUGUUCCAUUUUUGUAGUUCUUUAUUCAGCCUGUUGUUAAUUUUUGAGGAAAAUUCUAAGUCAUAUAUAUAUAUAUUUAUAUAAAAGUUUUAUGUCAAAAUCUAGUACUUAGACUGGCAAUUCUUCUCUCCAAGAUUAUGGCGAAGAUGCGUCAAUAUUGUUAGUUCAGAAUCUAUUAUGUAUUAUAAAGAUUGAUCAUUAACA